CUGUCCAACCUGCUGUGGGCGUGCGCCGUCGCGGGCGUGCGCGACCUGCAGCUGCUGCGGGCGGCGUCGGCGCGGCUGGCGGCGGCUGCGGGCGCGUGCAAUGCCCACGACCUGUCGCAGGCCCUGUGGGCGCUGGCGGCGCUGCGCUACCCCGACCGCGCGGCCCUGCCCGCGCUCGCGCGCGCGGCGUGCGCGCGGCUGCCCGCGUUUGACGCGCGCGCGCUCGCCAACGCCGCGUGGGCGGCUGCGGCGCUGCUGCGGGAGCGGCGGCGGCAGCGCGCAACCAGCCGCGGCGGCGGGGGCGGCGAGGCCAACGGGUACAGCCGCCAGGAGGAGGUGCGGCGGCUCCUGGGCCCAGCAGGGCCGCAAUUCGUGUCGGCCCUCGCCCGGCAGACGCUUGUCAUGCUGCCCGCCUUCCGCGCCGACGGCCUCGCCGCGGCCCUGUGGGCGCUCGGCGCGCUCGGCGCCGCGCCGCGCGAGCUGCUGCACGCCGCGGCGCCGGCGCUCGCGGCGCACGCGGCGGCGGGGCGGCUGUCGGCGCGCGAGCUAUGUGAGGCCGCGGGCGAGUUCGCGUUUGGCGAGCUGUAUAGCUUUGUGCGGUCCCUCGGGCACGCGGGGCGCGGCUGGUGCGGCAACUUACCCCCGCCAAGCAGCGGCGGCGGCGGCGGGGGCAGCAGCGGCGCGGGUGCGUUUUCGCCUGGCGCCGGAGCGGCCGGCUUUUCUCAUGCGCCGCUGCUGGCAGCCGCGGCUGCGUGCGUGGCGGAGGCGGUAAGGCGCGGGGAGGCGGCGCCGGGCGAGGCGCUUGGCUGCGCAAAGGUGAUGUUGGAGCUGGGCGGUGAUGCGGCAGGAGUGCUUGACGCCUUGGCUGAGUCAUACUGGCUGGAGCAGGGACACGAGCGGUACACUGAGCCGGUGACAGCCCGCCAGGAUGAGCCCCAGCAGCAGCAUCAUCAUCAUCAUCAUCAUCAUCAGCAGCAGCAGCAGCAGCAGCAGCACCAGCACCAGCAGUCAGGGCAGCAGCAGCAAGAGCAGCAGCAGCGCCAGCAGCAGGAGCAAGAACAGCAGCACGAGCGCCCCCGCCCGCGGCCGCUCACCGCGUGGCCUUCGGAAAUCCUCGCCGCAGCCGCAUGGCUGGCGUCUGCAGACGCCCUCGUUGGCGCCGGCGGCACCAGUGCGAAGCCGCCGCCCUCGCGGCGGCGCUUUCUGCUCGCAACGCUCGGGGAGCUUCGCCGGCGCGGCACUGGCGGCCUGCUGCCUGCGACGCGCGCCCGGCUGUACGCGCCGCUGCUGGCGCUCGCGGGGCGCGGCGGGCUGCAGAGCGCGCGGCAGCACAGGCGGCGGCAGCACUUGGAGCAGUGGCGGCAGCAGCAGGAGCAGGAGUACGCAGCGACUGACACAGGUCUGCACGUGUAUUCCCAGCAGCAGCAGCAGCAGCAGCAGCAGCAGCAGCAGCAGCAGCAGCAGCAGCAGCAGCAGCAGCAGCAGCAGCAGCGAUGGGGUCAGCAGGAGCAGGAGCAGCAAGAGCAGGACUCGCAGCAGUCGAAACUGUUGUAUAACAUGCCCUCGUCCUGUGCUCUGUCACAGUCUGACGGUGCAGUGGCAGCCGCCGCGGCUGCCUUGCUCUGCUCGUCCCGCGACGGCCGCGCGCUGCGCGGCGCGUGGCGCCAGCAGCAGCAGCACCGCGCCGCGACGGGCGGCUUGAGCGCCGCGCGCGCUGAUGCGGCUCGGAUCCUCCGCGGCAUGGGGCUGACGAGGGCUGACCAGGCUGUGGAUGAGCAGCAGCAGCAGCAGCAGCAGCAGCAGCUCUUGGAGAUGCCCGUCCCACUGGUGGUGGCUCUGGAGGUGGAGGGGCGCCGUGUGGCGCUGGAUUUGGUGGAGCACAGAGCCCAGGUUGUUGAUCUGCUGGGCCUGGGCAGUGAGCUGCAGCAAACCCAGCAGCAGCAGCAGCAGCAGCAGCAGCAGCAGCAGCAGGUCCCAAACCACCAGCCUUUGCCGCAGCUGCAGCAUCAACCAUGCGCGGCAACGGCGGCGGCGGCCGGCCCCAGUGGUGCCGGCUGCUGCAGGCCUCCCUGCAGCUGUGCGUAUGGGCUCUGGGCUGGAGCCAGCGCCAGACCAAUGGCCUCGCGGCGGCUAGGGCACGCGUGUCUGGAGUCGCUGGGGUGGCACGUGGUAGCGUUGCCCUUGCAGGCGUGGCAGCAGGCUGCCGACGAUGGUGCAAGGCAGGCGCUGCUGCAAGCGGCCCUCCAUGGCGCCGACGAAGCCUGCGCUUGA